GCGAGCGAUAGUCCCCAGACCUGCUCUUUCUUCACAUGUGCUUAAAUGUGAAGCAGAAAAUCAUGGUCGCGGCUUUUCUAGUGAAAUAGCGCUUCAAUGGUGACACUAAAGGGAUUCCGGUCCUUUAAAUGACAGCGACACCUUUUCCAAGCUCUUUUUAAAUGUUAUAUAGCAGUGACAGCACUGCCCUCUUUCACUUGAGAUUUCGCUCAUCGUGUACUUGAAGAAAGAGCGGGCUAAGCAGGCUACACACGAGGGAGCUGUGAGAGUUCAUUUAGGAAAACAGAACUAGGACAAGGGGAUAUUAUACAAGUUCAUAAUGGAUGGAUUAACAACGUGUUGAGUCCCUUCUUUGGUUGCUUCUAGAUAACACAGAUGAGUGUGGGGAUGUCUUGGCUGCUGUGGGUGUGGAUCAGUGUGACAGUCAUGCUGGUGUGUGAUGCCACCUUCUACGAGACAAUACAGCAACACCUGGCGCCUCCUGGAACCAACAUUCAGAUCCUUGAAGGAGGGACAUGUGAGGUGAUUGCCGCGCACAGAUGCUGCAACAAAAACAAGAUUGAAGAGCGUUCCCAGACAGUGAAGUGUUCCUGUUUACCGGGCAAAGUGGCGGGGACCACCAGGAAUAAGCCCUCCUGUGUGGAUGCCUCGAUAGUGAUUGGAAAGUGGUGGUGUGAGAUGGAGCCUUGCCUGGAGGGAGAGGAGUGCAAGACUCUGCCAGACAACUCGGGCUGGAUGUGCUACUCUGGGAACAAAAUUAAAACCACCAGGAACACCCAUCCAUAUACAUCCUUGUAGCAAUGGGUUCCAUUCAGUGCAAAACAAUCACAAAGGGAUAUAAGAAGAUGAAAUGGUGAUACAAGAGGAUGAAAACAAAGACCCCAAUGGCAGAGGGCUGGUGAACUCUCACAUGACAUUACAUUAGGGUCAGGUUUUUAGGCAUUUGACUUCUGAAAAACAGUGCUGCCGUUUGGCUGACUGAGGAGCUCUUCUUGGCCUACAGACUCUUUGUCGUUGGAUUAUUUUAUUGUUUCUGUCCAUCUGAACAUCUCCUUUCAUGCUGUAAAUGCUGGGUGAUUUGAGACUUCUCAUGUGUUGUUGAGUUCUCUUGUACCAGCUUUAGUUCGCCCAAAAUUAUUUUCUUCUGCGGGUUCCUGGGUGCUCCUUCUCCAGAGGGGGCUCACCUGACAAACUCACCUACAGCCAUUCAAAAACAUGAGCUUCUCAUUCUUGUUGGAAGGAAGAACACAUCUCUGGCUGAGUGGAGAAAAACCCUUGUCUGGCUUCCUUUCUUUACAUGCACACUCAAACUUAUCUGCCGUGACCAAAAUGGAUUUCUGAGAUCUUGUGUAACAUACAUCUGUUUUCAGGCAUUCAGUAUUGUUUAACCACACACAUUAUUGUUUGUGUGGCAGUGAGAAGACACUAAAACUGUGUAAAAGUAAAAAGCCUGGCAGAUGAAAAUGA